AUGGCAGAAUCAUCAAACGUCCUGGCGCCAGCACUGGCAGCCAUGAACCUAGACAACCACAACCCUACAACCCCUACGGCAGUCCAGCGCGCCUUGAGUAACCACCUCAUCCUCUCGGAAAUAUUUGACUACAUCAGCAUGGACUGGCAAGGCUGCUGGAAAGACCGUCCUGCGGAGGUCUUGUGUGAGAAUCAUGGCGCGGUUACAGGCUCCAUGGAAUCCAGAGGCAUCGACUGUUGCGAUGGGAGCAACGAAAAAUGCCAAGACCAUGACCCCACAGACGACGAAGACGACGACGAAGAAGACUGGAGUGUUCAUCACUACUGCCGCGGCGGGGUUCUCCUGCGAUGCAUGCUGGUGAACAAGCUGUGGUUCGAAUUCGCGACACCAUUUCUAUGGAAGGAGCCGACGGAGAUGGUCUCAUAUCCGUCAUACAAGACCGCCAUUGUGGCCUUACUGAGUGCCAUCGAGCCCACACGGCGGCAACUGUACGCCAAGCACGUGGAGAUAGGCUUCAACGAGGGCCGCGACAAUGAGGACCUCACAGAAGUGGGAUUUCCACGGCUGAGAGAAAUGCAGCUGAGAACGGACUACGAAAUUAACUUACCUAAGAUUAAUGGGCAUGGAGUCAAGACCCUGACCGUGGAUCCCCGAUAUGAGCCCUGCUAUCCUGAGGUCUACACACUGACUCAGGAUCGCAUGAGCGAGUUGCUAGACCAAAUUGCAGUGAGUGCGCUUCUUUCUCCGCGCUUGUGUUCGAUAGUUCAGGUACUAAUCUGUGUAGGAGAGAUUUCCCAACAUCGAGAGCCUUUCCAUCUGUGA